GUUGUUUGUAAACACAGGCCACCUGAAGAAUACUGAAGAUAAGAGGAGAAAACUGUCAAUGAUCAUCAUCACAACAAACUCAUUUUGACAGAGAGGAGAUCGAUAUGGCACUGAGAGAGCUAAAAGUGUGUCUCCUGGGGGAUACUGGUGUUGGAAAGUCAAGUAUUGUUUGGAGAUUUGUGGAGGACAGCUUUGACCCAAACAUCAACCCAACAAUUGGGGCAUCCUUCAUGACCAAGACAGUGCAAUACCAAAAUGAACUACACAAGUUCCUGAUCUGGGACACAGCAGGACAGGAGCGGUUUCGUGCACUGGCACCGAUGUACUACAGAGGUUCAGCGGCAGCCAUCAUUGUUUAUGACAUCACAAAAGAGGAGUCCUUCCAAACACUGAAGAACUGGGUAAAGGAGCUGCGCCAGCAUGGUCCUCCCAACAUAGUGGUUGCCAUCGCUGGCAACAAGUGUGACCUGUCCGAUGCCAGGGAGGUAACAGAGAAGGAUGCCAAGGACUAUGCUGACUCCAUCCAUGCCAUCUUUGUAGAAACCAGUGCCAAGAAUGCCAUUAACAUCAAUGAGGUGUUUAUAGAGAUAAGUAAGCGCAUCCCUGUUGCAGAUGGAGCAGGAGGAAGUUCAGGAAAAGGUUUCAAACUGGGACGUCAGGCCUCAGAGUCUCGCAGGACGUGCUGCUGAUGAUGCCGGUGACUUGUCCACACAUGACCUGUGACCUGACCUUUGCUUACUCUCUGUGUCCCUGGCCUGCUUCGGCUUAUGGCUCCACACGCAGCGCCUCAAACACCCUCCUGUCCCUGACGCCCGGGUGCAGCAGUGUCACUCUGAUGAUAGUAGCAAAUGUAUUUUUACAGCACUUCACAGCAAAUCAUCUUGUAUCGUCUGAAAAUUGCAGGCAGGAGAAAUCCUUCUUGUUCACUGAGCAUUGACAAAAAUACUUGCAUAAAUACAUUCAUGUGUCAGUGAAAGACCCCCAUACAUGCAGUUAGUCCGGCUUCUAUUAUGGACACCAGUCUCUGUCUGAUCUAUUAUAGCCCUAGGUGAUCAAAGGACCUUUAUCAUAUUCAUUCAGAAGCCAUUUGUACUUGUAAAUUUGUACAAAUCUAUUACCUUUCGACCAAAAAUGGACUGAAAAUGGUUAAAUCUCACCAAAUUAUUUUGAUAAUACUUAAGUUAUUGCCUUUUGUUUUUGCUUGGUUUUUUUUUGUUAGACUUCUCCCCAAACAUUCUCAACUUCAUAAAGGAUCCAUCUUUAUACUUCAUGUGUAUAAUCACUCAUUUAUCAUGCAUUUUUGAUGAAAGAUAUUAUCAGUGUUUGUACCAAUCUCUCAUCUCAAUGUUGCCUGGAGGACAAACCCGUGAAGGAUGGCGCACGCUUAAUUUUAAUUUCAGUGUGUGAUUGCUGUUUUCAUCAAGGCAAAAUAACAAAUGGAUGUUCUGAUGUGAACCACAAUCACACAGUCAAAUAUGCGGAAAUGAAAGGUGUGUGGGAGCCUACUUCCUUUUAUAAUAAAGGAAUAGUUUAACAUUUUGGGAAAUACACAUACCUGUAUAUGUGUUAUAUGGUAAAUAUGAAACUGGAGCUAGCAGCUGGUUAGCAUACCUCAACAUAAAAAGAGAGCCAGGCUAUCUGUACACCCCCUGUUUCUAGUCUUUAUGCUAAGCUAAUCUAACUAGCUGCUGGCUGUUGCCUUAUAUGUAAUGGUCAGAUAUGAGAUUGGUUUUGUUCCUAUUUAACUCUCCACCACAUAGCGAAAAAAGCAUAUUACCCAAACUAUUCCUUUUAUUAUAAACGGUUCUCUCUUUUUGUUCUGAAGGAUAUUUUGAUCAUCCCAGAAUUAGAACCACGACUUAAAAUUGUUGUAAAAUUUCAUUUCUGUGACGAGAACAACCUCACAGUCCACAUCUCCCAGCGUCCGUGCUUUAAUCAAGGCAGAAAGAAAAUGCUGACUCCACUGGUACUCUUGAAGUUGAUUAUACGAGAACAGUUCCAGCUGCUCACAUGUGUUCCACAUUUCCACUUGUAAUUGCAGAAGAUCUAUGAACAGACUCGUGUAUAUGAAGUACUCCAUAGUACAGAGCAUCCUGCCAGUUGUUUCCAAAUAUUACUUGAGCGUCAUUUUUCUCUAAUCUCAUUUUAACUGCUCACUGCUGAGCCUGCCUGUCUUCAGUCCUUUGCUGCUACUUAACAGCAGUUUUACAGGAGAAGUCGAUUUUUGUGAGGUAUUGCCAAAUUCUUUAAUUGUUCCAUAAAUAUUUUUCGCCUUUCCUUUUUUCUUCUCCCCCCAUAUAAUCAGCACUGGCUCACACAUCCAAAGUUGUUUUACUACCUGGCUUGUGAUGAAAACAAUAAGAUCUGGAAACGAGACCUCACUUAGAGGAAACUCAGAUUGUAGAGCUUUAAUCUCCCUUCAGCAGAAGGUUAUAGGUGGAGAUUCAGAUGUGGCACUGUGUCGACAUGCUGACCCCUUAAUGAACCUUUGUCUCCAUUCUGCUCUGAAUUACUGUAUUCACUUUGUUCCAAGAGCUGCUCUCUGACUUUCCUUUCUCUAACCUCUUCCGUCUUGUUCCUCUAAAUUCCAGGCUCUUACCGUAGGGCCAGAUUUCAAUUAUGAUACAGUAUAUUACAGCUUUCACAAAGCCCUAUCAUCACCUCUUACAUUCAGAAAAACUUAUUUUUCCGUGAUCCUUAAGUUCUAGCAGUCUCAUUCACCUCUUAUAUUGGCUUAAUUGAACUUUAGUAGCAGUUGAUCCAUGAGUGUAAACUGAAUUAUUAAUUCUGUGUAAUUUCAUGCUGUAUCUCACAAGCCCCAAAACCUCUUUUCAAAGUUGCCAAAAAAAAUACAGAUGUGGUCUUAAUUAGACUGCAACUGCACAUUUAUAAAUAUGAAAUGUGUGCUUUUCUGUAAGUGAAAGAAACUUUGUUUGCCUUUAAGCAUCUUAAAUGUAGCUGUUAUUGAUGAGUUCUGUGCUAAGCAGCGCUGCCUAUUUUUCAGGAUUUUUCCUAUGGAGUGCAAUAGUUGUUAUUAUGACAAAGGUAAUAUGUGACCUAAUCCGAGAAAUCGGUUACAGACUAAUAUGUUCACACAGCAAACUUCCACUUGUGCAAACAGUCUCCAACAGACGAUAAUGACGGGUUUCUAUUGACCUCAUUUUAUGCUUAUUUGAUGACAGUUUUGCUCAUACAAAGUUGAUCAAAUGAGCAGUGUAUUGCGGCCAACCAAAUCCCUUCUAAACCAGAGUGGCAUUCUAGGUCAUAACCUAAACUUUUAAUUCACUCUGUUGUCUUUGAUAAUUCACACAGCACUACAUCAUAAUGCCAACUCUAGCAAAUAUUUGCUUAAGCUUCAGAAAAUCAUAUUAAAAAGGGAAUCACUCUGGUACUUUGAAAGCUGCACUUUUGACUGACUGUUUGCAUUAAUUGGCUCAUAUUUCUAACUAACACUCUGUCUGCAGUCUGCUAAUAUCUCUGUGAAAUCACUUGAUGAAACAUUCUUGUAAAGGUGUCAGACUUUCUUAAUGUCCCGUGAUGUUAUUUUAGGUUUUGACUGUUUGCUCAGUUCUUAUUGCUACGGAGAAUGUGGUGCCAAAUAAUGUCAAAACCAUUUUACUACAUCAUGCAUAAUUAACCUUUUUUUAUUGUUGAUGUGAUAUAAUGAUUUAAGUACUAAUCACAUAAAAUGCUUAAAAAUAUUUGAAGUUUGACAAUGAUGAUACAUGUUUUCCCCUUAUUUGGAAACUGUAGGCAUGGAUAGUGUGUGCCAGUUUUGCAUUGAAAAAUACCAUUAGUCUUGGGCUGGCCCUGGGAAUGUGAUUAAUCUAUAUUAUGUAUUUUUUUCAGUGUAGAUAAAUACCAUCAAAUUGCACACAAAUCAAUGACUAUAUUCUAUUCUAAGCCAGUUUUGUGACCACAAUAGACGUAUUCACCAUUUGCAGUAAUACCAUCAGCACUGUAGUUACCAUAUUUAGCUUUUUACUACGUUUCAUAUUGAUUGUAACAAAAUGCCUGAAAACACUUGUUUGCAGUGUAUUUCCGAAUGUGUAAAAAGGGAAUUGUCAAUUGUUUACUAAUAAAAGAUUGACAAAUA